AUGGCUGAAAUAGCUAAAAUUGAAAAUUCGAAAGAAAAUCAAGAUGUUUUAGCAACAGCUCAACUUGGCGAUAUGAUUGAAUUCAUACGAGGCACUUAUAGUCAUUGGGCAAUUUAUGUUGGAAAUGGUUGUGUAAUUCAUCGGUGGGGUGAUGACGAUGGCAUUGGUAAAUCAGUUGGUUUUUGGGGAAAUUUAUUAACAUUUUCGGGCACACAAUUUGAUAAAGCUACAAUACUUCAAUCGCCAGUAUCUGAUGUACUUAAAUUAGGUGGAAAAGCUCGAGUUAACAAUUAUCUUGACAAAAGCACCAAACCAUUACCUGUUGAAAUUAUACUCGAUAGAGCUCGUCGUGCUCUCAAUCAAGAAGGUUAUAAUUUAGUAUACAGUAAUUGUGAACAUUUUGCAACUGAAUGUCGUUAUGGCCAACCGAACAGUCGUCAAGUACAAGUUGCUGCAGGAGCUUCAGCUGCCGUUGGGAUACUUAUGGCAGCUACAAUGGUGUGUACAGCAUUGGUUUUAUCUGGUCCUGCAGAAAAAACUGAUGAAGAAAAGAAUUCGAAAGCAAUCCAAACUAAAAAAUAA